GCCCCUUAAGCUGCCAGCGAUUCUGUGAAUGACGUGACCGCCGCCGAAGCAUACUACGCGCGUGCUUACUCCAUCAAACUUGAUCAUUCUUCUCGCAUCUGAAGAACUAUGUUCCUGUCCCAAUAAAAAACUAGUGAAGUAUUUAACAUAUUACGUACCUGUGAUUGCAUUAUAAGAAGUGAUUCAAUUUGAAGAAACAUGGCGAAAAAUAAGGAAAAGACGGCCGUCCUCGAGAAAGGCGUCUACAUUAUACACGCCGAUGAGGAACUAAAAACGCCAGACUUGUCACCUACCAGUACCGAUACCGAAAAAAAUACCUCAAAGGAUAAUGUGAAAAAUAAAAAUACUUGGUUCCAUACCUCGACUCCAACAGUUGUUCAUUUUUUGGCAUUAAUUACUCAAGGUCUUUUAGUUUGGGGGCUACUUUGGCUUGCGUGGGGAGACGGGUGGAGUUGGAAUGGAAAAUGGUUCAAACCAGCAGUCGUUGUGGUUAUCGCAUGGAGCAGCGGACAACUCCUACAGAGACUCACUACGCUCCCUCCACUUCUGGCUGCUAUACUAACAGGAAUCCUUGCAAGAAAUUUAGGCUACCUCGACAUGCGAGGAUACCCACACGUGGACAACUUUUUAAGGAAAAUUUACCCAGUGAUAAUUCUUGGCAAGUCAUCUCUGGGUUGGGACUUAAAAUUUAUGAAGGCCAAUUGGCGUCAAGUUUUCAGCCUCGGUGUGGUACCCUGGACGGCUGAGGUUCUCGCUCUCGCGACAUGCUCGCGGUACUUCCUCCAUUAUCCCUGGGUUUGGGGCAUUCUCCUUGGGUCUAUCUACGCAUCUUUGUCUUGUGCUGUGGUGAUGCCCUCAGUAUUAAAAGUUGGGACUAGUCCAGAUAGGACCCACAACUGGCCUCAGUUGUGCUCGACUGCCGGAGGAAUCGAUACUGCACUCAGCGUUGGAAUAUAUGGGAUCGUUUAUAGCUACAUUUUCAGUGAUGUGCACGAUGCUUAUCGAUACACUAAAGUGGCGUUGACCUUAUUCGUCGGAGUCGCUAUGGGUAUCGCUUGGGGCAGUCUCGCAAAAUUGAUACCUCACUCUCGAGACCCCUACGUUACUGAAUUGAGGGUUCUCUUCGUGUUACUCGGUGGACUGUUUGGAAACUUUUUGACGCUGCACUUGGGCUGGGGCGGCGCUGGCGGUGUAGCUGUAUUAGCGUGCAACGCAACAGCGGCGAACCACUGGUCGCGCGACGGUUGGAAGUUAAACAACAACCCUGCCUCGACCGUUUAUCGCGUUUUGUGGGCAGCUUUGGAGCCUGCCGUGUUCGCAUACACUGGAACCUACUUUGAAAUAAUACAUUCAAUAACUGACACAAUACUAAAAGGGUUUGGAAUCCUAUUAGUUUGUUUAGCUGUGAGACUAGCGUGCGCUUUCCUGAUGUGUUGGGAUAUGAGCAUCAAGGAAAGAAUUUUUAUAUGUUGCAGCUGGACGCCAAAAUCUAUUGUGGAGGCCGUACUAUGUCCGCUGGCACUGAACACAUUAAUUUUACGAGGAGGAAAAAACGAACAAGAGAUGGAAUACGCAGAGCAACUAAUGAGGCUAGUUGUUCAAGCAAUUCUAGUAACAACUCCUGUUGGUUAUUUGUUCACCAAGCAUUUGGGACCGGUGCUGUUACGAGACAAACGCAAAGAAUUUCGGAACGAGUCCGAAGCAUGAAAACGAAACAUAUACAAAAGAUCUCUUCAUUAGUGAAUUCAAAUACUGAAUAAGAAAAAAAAAGUUAUCUUAUAGUAUUUAUUUGUAAAUAUUUUUAUGAUAAUUUUAUAUUUAAUAGUGUAAUUAUAUUUAAGAGCUUCUUUUUAAGUUUUAAAAAUUAGCUCUUCGUUUAGCUAUUAAUUAC